AUGGAGCCGCUGCCUGCCGCCUUCUACGGAGAUAUAGACGCCAAGAACCCGGUUAUAGCAACGUUCGAAAAUGAAAUCAAGGAGUUUCUUGGAUUUAUGAGGAAAGUGCAGCGAGCUCCCCUCGGAGAAGCCCAGCAGCAGGACCGCAGAAGGGGGUCCAGUACUUUAUUUCAUAUAUGGGUCAAGUAUAAACCCCGACUGCCAGAGUGGUAUUACCAAGAAAAGCUCCUUAAGGUUGGAGAUAGCCUUGCCCAGAUCAGAGAAUACAAGCUGGCACUCUUUCAGUGCUAUGGGAGGUACCUUGAACAGUUUUGUUCACUGGAUAUUGAUGAUAUUUCAGAUGUGGAACAAUUCAAAUCUUCAUUUUUUCCAAAUGGAACAGAUGAUGAAAAAGCUGGUCUGAUGUUCCAUGCCCUGCAAGGCAGAUGUAUUUGCAUGUACCAGUUGGUGAAGACCAGUGAUGCCAAUCUCCGGAAUCCAGAAUCGGUGAAGAAAUGCCUAAAUAUAUUGUCCUUUCUUCAGCUCAUCAUGGAAGUUGUCCUUCCACAAGAACAUCUCUGCUGGUUAAUAUUUAAUGGAAGUCUUCACAUAUACACCAUAUGCAGACAUUUAAUGGCAUUAGGGCGUUCAUCACAGGCUCUUGAGUUCCUGCUAUGGGCAAGUGUAUGCAUGGAGUCUUCUGUUCCUCUCUUAUCUGUCCGUUACCUAACCUGGAGGGCGACCCUGUAUACUGCGGUGUGCCAGUGUUAUUUUGACUGCCGCGCUGGUGUUCAUGGAGAGGUAUUUGCUCGUCGUGCUCUCAGUAAGAUCAACGAGCUUAGUCAGCUUGAACAUAUAAGCGAUUCCUCAUACAACGAAGAGACAAAAAAAGCUUUUAAAGAGUCCACUCUUAAGAUGGCGAUAAUGAUCUUCAAAAGAGCUGUGUUUGAGUCAAGAAGAAAACCAAAAGGCAUUCUUCGCCCAAAGCUGAAAAAUAAUCUAAAAGAAGCAGAAAAGUUACCGUGGCCUCGUACUAACACUGAACGACUGCUGGUUGAGAUGUUUGGAAACAAUGCAGCCCAGUUCCUUGCCAUUCUUGAAGCUUUGACAGAUAGCAAUAGACGCCUGUUGCAGGCUGGACCACCAGAGCCUGAUGAACCAGAAGUACAUGAUGUGAUUGCAGAGCUUUGUUUUGCUGGCAUUGAUAUCCUUUCAGGUGGAGGCAACAAAGGAGAACGAAACAUGGGUGGUACCCCCCAAACUGAGCUGGGUAAACUGAUGAAGGAGUCCUCUCUUCUGGAAUUAGCAGUACAGGGGACGGAUGCUGUGUCUGCAGAAGCUGUUGUGAAGUUUUCCAAAUUGGCAUUUAGCUAUGAACACUGGGAAGCCUUUGAUGCCAUUAUAGCUCCGUUAUAUUCAUUUCUACAGGCCACGGAAAGUGCAAAGUGGAAGAAAGAAGAAAUGGAUCUUAGCAUCCUUAUCGCUGCUGAACCUUUGUUGUCAGGGAAAAAACAUAAGCACAAUGUACAAGUUAGCAUGAAGCAAAAUCAUAUAGCAGACUUACCCGACUAUCUUGGAAUUAUUGGAUUACAAGGUGAACCUGUAGAUAACAGAUCUCCAGACGAUCACAUCAAGCUGGCAGAGACAUUGUACUCAUGUGUGUGCAACUUUUCCCAGGAUGUUCAGCCUGACAAAGACAUUGUCAUCGAUGUUAUCAUGUUUCUGUGGCAAAAAUGCAAAGUUGGAGUGCAGCGAAUGCAAACUGCAGUAGAUGGAUCCAAAUUUGUACAGAAAUGUGAAAUGAAUAGCAAGUGGAUCUAUAUUCUAUGUCUCAUCUAUGAAGUGAUGCAGCACUCAAGUAUCAUGCAUACAGAUGCACUUAUAUUAGGAGAAGCGGCAUUGAGAUUGGCAGGGAUCGCUGAAAGUAUGGCUGAUGCCAUUAUGAAAAGUGGAAGAAAGUCAGAAAGAUCACAAGAAACAAUAAAUACAGACGUGCGCUAUGGGAGCAAUAAACCUUUAAGUAUGAAGAAAGCCCCUCUGAUGCAGCUGAUUUUUGCAUAUGACACCUUAGACAAAGCAAAUAAAGGCUUAGCCGUGUCUCGAUCAGAAGGCAGUGGACAUCAUGAAUUAUCAGUUGUUGACCACUACAUCAGAAUGCUGGAUGCAAAGAUUCAACAUGUAGAAAACACACUUAACGUGCAAAACAGUUCUUCCGAGUCACUUGUAAAUAAUGUGACGAUGAUGGAUUUGCAGCUUGAGUUAAUUGUAGCCCAGCAUCGGGUGUCAAUCAAAAUCCUCCGUCAAGUAAAAGCUGAUGGUGAAUAUCUCAGAUCCUCUAAAAGCCAAGGAAGAGACGAGUCUUUACGCUUCCACACAGAACCGGAAAUACUUGAUAAAAUCGGCAAGAAUAAGCUCUCGAAAGCCAUCUUCUUAAUGCAGAAAGCCAUGCUGUUGAAUAAAGGACUAGACUGUUCUCCUACUAUGCUCCUGGAGGAUUCAGAGAAAUUGAUUCAGCAAGCUGAAAUGGAAGAAAAUGCAGUCUACUUAUCUUGCAUUAAACAAACAGAGACAAAAGGUGGAAAAAUGAAUGUACCCCCCCCACCCAUUUUACUUUCCAGAACAGACAAUUCAAUGGUGUUUAAACCAGCUCCAUUUACAUCUCAUACUAAGGUGGCCUGGUACUCUUUAUUUGGGCGGUGUGUAACAGGCCCCAACUUAAAAGUACGGUUAAAUGAUCAUUCUCUUUUGGGAACUGGAGAGCAGGUUCCAGCAAAUGCUAAUAUCUUAUUGGAAGUUAAAGGUCUAAAGAAAAAUGAGAAAUACAUAUUUGCAGUUGCGGCAUAUGCAGCAGAUGGACGCCUUCUUGGAGAUGCGAUAGGAGAAUCAACCAAACCAAUCCUUGCCUCUCUCCCUUUGUCAGUACCUGCGACUUUGGCCUAUCUAGCUCAGAGUGCUUAUCAAAUUGGUAACUACAAAGUAGCUAAGAAGGCAUGCUCUGUCCUAUGGAGCUACUUUGUCUUCUCACCAAGUCUGGCACAAAAUAUUUCUGAAAUAACACGAUUCAAAGACGGUCAUAUAACCCAGAUGAGACUGUGUCAUGAAGCUGUAUCAAACUCCUCUCCUAUACUGCUGCAGCUCUUCCUGGGAAGUAUUUUUAUGCUCAAUGAUAUAAAUGUAAAGGAAGGAUCACUUUUUUGUGAUUCAGUUUGUGAUGGUGAGCUUUCUCGGAAGAGACAAAUUUGUCGGAUUGCCGAAUGUGAGAGAUUGUUAGUGGCUCUUGAUGUUAGUGCCUUGCUGAGUGAUACCAGCUAUGCCCUUCAAGCUGCUGUUCAGUGCUACAGUCUGAUUGUUCCACUAAUCUAUCACAGGAUCCCGUCAGCUGCAGUAGUGCAGAUCCUAAUUAAAUGCUUGGCAGUCUUACAAGAAAUCCCCAGCAGCACCUGGCAGAAAAAACAGGCUGGUGUAACAGAGGGCGUUCUACACAUGACAGCCUGCAUCGUGUAUUAUGUAGCUAAGGCACUUCGUUCUUGGGAAGAAUAUGAACUUGCCAUGUGGGUAAUAGAAACUGGGAAAAAGUUACUUGAUUUGACAGAAAAUACAUCAGUUACUAUACCAGUUUCUCAAGCAAAAUCCAACUGGGAUGAUGAUGCAGAAAAAGCGAAGGAGGAUAAAGAUAAGGGCGGUCCUCCAAAAAAGCAUCAGAAAAAGAAAAUGAUCAUCUCUGAAAAGGUUAAUGAACAGUUAAAUGCUCUGGAACAAAAUUUGCUAAAACUGACAAAGCCAACUGCUGGGGCAGUGCUUACCGGACAAGAAGAUCCUAUCCUUCUGUAUUCUGUUGUUUCAUGCUGGGCUCCGAGUGCUGCAUUUAAAGAAAUCAUGAAAUUCAAGAAGAAAUCUCGUUUCCUGGAGUUUUUUAUUCAGUUGUUGCACAGGGUAUAUUACGAGGAAAAGUUUCAAAAAAUCCUGGAGUGGUCAUCUGCUGCCUUAGACUAUUUGAAAAGGAGAAAUGAAACUGUUUUUGGAAACAAGCAACAUGAAGAGUCAGGGGAUGUUCCAGCACCAAAUGAUUCCUUCAGGAGAUAUACCACAGCCCUUGUUGAAUAUCAUAAGGAUUUGGGACCUUCAACAGUGAAAGAAGCUAAAACACAAAAUGUUUCCAAAAAAGUGGACAUUUCGAAUGCUCAGAAAAAGAAGAACCGAAACGUGCAACCUCAGAGACUUACUAGAGAGGAGAUUGAGAAAAAAGCUUUUACAACUCUGGUCGUGCUGCUAACACCUAUUGUUGGGAGAUAUAUAAAACGUAAGAGACUUUUUCAAGCCAGCAGAGAAGAGAUGCCAUGGAGAGCUCAAAUGAAUCUACUUCUGGCACUAACUCACUUCACCUUGUUUAAGAAAAAGCUUAGUCAGCGUUGCAGCGAAGAACCAGCAAGUGAGCAAAGCAUUAACAGCUAUAGAGUUCUGGAUCCCGAAUUAUUCACUUUGCAUCACGCUGGCACUGUAGUCAUGGCAACAGAAACAAAUGCUGCAGAUGAGCUAAUGUCUAGCCUAGGUCACCUUCAUCCCUCACUUAAACUAGAUCUUCCACCAGACGCCAAACUAACGGAUUCUGUAGAUAUCUCUGAACCAAGUACAAAACGAAGUGAUAUGGAUACUCCACGUACACAAAUGACUAAUGACACAGAUACUUCAUCUCCUCCUUUAAAAGAACAAGCAAAGCUAAACAUGUCCUCACUUAUUCUUUUGGAUCACCUUGGGAAGAUUUUUAUGCACCUUGAAAGAGCAUUGGUUUUGGCACAUCGAGGAGGACAUUGGACUUUACUACAGAAUGCUGGUCGAGUACUAUGGAACCUUGUACUUGAAAUACAGCUAAUCACUAAAAAUCACGAUGCAAAUAAAGGAUUGUUGCCCAUCACAAGAGAUCGCCUGAACAAUGAAAUUUGGAUGCCAUUCUAUUUUGCGGCAGACACCAUGCUUGAUAUGAUUGUCACAUUACAAAAGACUGGUUCAGUGCAGGUCAUUGAUGACAGUGAAAAGUUUAGUGUCCCAAGCUGCAUGGGUAAUAUUGCAGAUGAAGAGGGUGGAUCUAACUUGAAGUUUGAAUAUCCCUUUGAUGAUGUGACUAUAAUUGACAUGCGUUGGAUAUGUGAUGUAAUAAUGAAAGCCUUGGAAGUUUUAUACUCCUUGCAAAGAUGGGAAGCAUUGGUGCAUAUAGCGGUGCAAUUUAAUAUACUCUCUCAUGAGAGGUUUACUGAACAAGUCACACCACUGUUGGUUCAUGCACAAAGGAAGCUGACUGGCAAAAUAUUUGACAAAAAGGGACCUCAUGUUCCAGAAGAUAAUUCCUAUAGUGAUAAAAAGAUGCAUUGCAGGAAUUACAUUGGAAAACAACCGCACGUUGGCACAUUCAAUAAUAAAGUGAGGAACUCUGGAGCCGAUAUUGAUCAGAGAGGACACAUUGUUCAUUUAGACGGCACAAUGCUUACACGUGUUCCCCUGGACGUGUUUGAUACAUUUGCUUGCUUCCGUGAAAGUUUACAGAAAUCAAAAUACUCAAGUCGAGCACUGAAGCACAGCAGAAAACUACUCGCUCUAUUCCUUGCUUAUGGUCAAGGGUCAAAAUCUCAAGACAAGCAUAGCAGUCCACAACUAGCCUAUGGAAAAGUUGGCUUUUCUGCAGGUGCACUUCAGGCACACCGCCCAGUCCCUCCAGACCUCCGAGAAGAAGAGUUUGUCUCUGUCUGUUCUAUUGAAAGCAAGGCGAUCCCCCCCUCGCACCUUUCAGUUGUUAUAGCGUCCUAUGACAAGACUAUUGAAAUCCUUCAUUCAGACAGACAACAAGGCCUUAAAGCUCAGGCUCUUCAUGAACUUGGCAAUCUUCACCUGUACGCAGGAAAUAAAAGAGCUGCUUUCAAAUGCUGGUGUCAGGCCCUUGAUGAAACGCUCAACAUGUCUGAUGCUCUUAAUUCAUGGCAAGAGCUUGAUAGCUCCCCAGACGGCAUAAGCAACGGAAGAUCUAAAGAUUACAGUGAGAAAUUUCUCUCCCGAGCGGGAAUUUGGGGUUGUUUGCUGGCUGCCGUCAUUGCUGCUAAAAUGUCUCGUUAUAUAUUGACAUCAGAUGUUAGAAAGAGAACAGAUUGCUGCUUGCUUUCAGCUUUACUUUUCAAGUCCUUGUUUCGCGUGUCCCUGCCACAUCCAGAUGAAGAUCUUGAUUAUGCAUUGUAUGAGAUUGGAGAAGGAUGUGAAAUAUCUGAACUUAUUCCAGGGAUUGACCUGUUUUCUGAUCGGCACAGAGCAGAUGUCAUAACUGUUGUUUCCAGUCUAGGUUUUCUCAUUUGCGAACUGCAUUCUGUUUCUCAGAAUCUUAUGGUUUUGCCGUUACUUACAUUGUACCAGUAUUUUGUCAGCGUUAUUUGCCGUGACCCUCUCAGAAGUGUAGAAGGAAGGCUCUUAAAGGUUAAAGUCCUCACAGAUCUUCACCUGUUUUCUGAAGCUUUUGAGGAGCUUUUCCUCCUAAAUAGUGGAAAAAGAAUUCCCAGAAGACCACUUGAAGGAUACUCAUCAACUGGGAAAGUUAUGGCAACUUUGAAAUUCUCAUCAACAAAGACACUAGUCUGCAGUGAAAACUUACAGGCACUAGAAGAGAUUCUCAACAGAAAACCCAGUCCUUGUCUGCUUUCCGUGUGUGAUCAAGCAACCAUGAAUAGGCUGGUACUGACUAAAACACAUUUCAUCCUAAAACUGUCUUCAACGAUUAAUGCCAUCCCUGAAGUAGUCAGGGAUCCUGGAGAUGAUGUGACUGGGGACAGAACCAAACAGCAAAGUAAAAACCAGGAACCCACCUUUUUAGAAGAAAACGGAUCCAAAGGCGAAAUUGAUGCUCCAGUACAACUUGCAUGUGAACGAGAUCUUAGACUACCAAGAUUAAAGGGCAUUUCAUUAAAUGAAGCCGAGGGUAGAGUAAAAUGCAUUCUUCAGGAUUUAGAGGUGAAAUAUAAGCAUCAACUAUCAGAAUGUACGGCAGUUGACCUGGAAAUUACAAUUGAGGCCAAGCUUCAGCUUUCUGAAAUAGCCCAGCAGAGGCAGCACAUUGCGGAAAGCAUUGCUAUGUCAUUUUCUGCACUGAAGAAUCUCCAGGAAGCCAAAUUAUUCGCAGCUAAAAUUAAACGUGAUAAUAAAGAUGAGCAAAUCAGAGAAGAAAUUGCUGAAGAAUCAUCUUCCAUUCAUCCAAGGGAAUCUGAAGCCAGAGAGCGUCUGAGCAUAAACACAUGGUUAAGAUGUCGACUUGCCUUUGUUGCCAGUCUUACAAGGCAGAUACGUGGCAUUGCACUUCAUGAUCAGGAUCUGCUUGACGGUUCAGCUCUAAUAACUGAAGGCAUUGUAGAGGCAGAAACCUUCAAUGAUUCUGAGAGCCAGACUCAGUUCAUGCUGCAAGCAGCUUUCCUUGAUAUUCAAGAGGGACAUUCCAGGAAAGGUGUUCAGCUCAUGCUGAAGAAUAUCAUCCACUUGUUGCGAGGAAAGUGUUUUAUGUCUCCGGUAGCAUACUUAACGUUGGCUCAGAGCUUGAUUCUUUCUGCUGACUUAAUGGAAAAUAAUGAGGACCAGCAAAUGGUUUGGACAAAUCAGUUGAACAAUUACAAAUUAGCACAUCAACUUAUCACCAAACAGCUCAUAUGUCUUGGGGAAACCAUUGAGGACAGUGUAACACAAUCUGCGGAGUUAUCGUCUGGACCUACUGUUAAUAACAUAUACUUACCACAAAUCUGUUUACUGGCUAAAGUGCAAAUGAGAAUAGGGCACAUACUGACUCUCCACGCAAAUUCUCCUUCUGAGCCUGUUAAUCCAUCUUACAUUUUGCCAAGUCUUAAUCUGUGCAACAUGGCAUUAGGACUAUGCCGUUUGUCUGCAUUUCGACAAAGGGAUUUGGAAGCUGAGUUGCUCUUUUUGAAAGGUAAGAUAGAACGCCUGAUGUUUGUCUUAGGAGACCAUGAAAAGUCCUGUGCCAUCAAAUCCUUCUCAGAUGCAAUCAACAUCAGCAGUGUUAAUGAUCAAAACUUCAGUUUAAUGAGGAAAUGUUAUCUUGAGAUAGCCCUUGUAUAUCUGCACAUGUCCAGUUUGGAGGCAAACAGAAUGGAUACUAUAUAUAUACACGACCCAAAAACACCUACCGCCCCUAAGCGAAAGGUGGAUAAAGUGAUGGAACAGGGUGGUGGAAGGAGAACAGUGAGCCCUUCAGAAUUAUACAGAUUGCUGGCAUGGAUUGCUGUUAGAGCCGCCACACAGGUCGCUACAGCCAUGUUGGCAUAUAAACAGUUAAUUGGAGAAAAGGAUGUUGUUGUGCAGACUGCAAAGACCAAGCUACAUCAGAACAUCCCAGCAUUUGCCUGUAGUGAUCUUUUAGCUACCUACAAGAAAUACUUGCAAGAUGAUCUGCACAACUGUGCUGACAAACAAGAACUUGCUGAUGAAAGUCCUAUUGAUGGAAAAAAAAGAGGUGGAGAUAGUCUUCCCACAGAUAUGUUGUCUUGGGUCCAUGUCAUCCGUUAUCAUAAUCACCUAAUGAGACUUAAAAAUCUGCUGACAAUGACAGAUUUUGAUAAUGGGAAAAUGCCUGCCACUGACACAUUGUAUACAUCUGUCUUUGAUAAUGGGAUUACAGUGCGCUAUGCGGAGAUGCACCUGUUCCUCAAGAAGUGUCUUUACUCUUAUUCCACAUGCUGUGUGAAUGACUUUCCUGCCGAACUACUGUGGGGACUGGAACAGAAAACAACCGGCUUUUAUACUCCAUCUAAGGCAAAUUUGGGGGCUAAAGAGUUUAAUCAGCGUACACCACAGCCAAUGAAAUCUCCUUCCACUGGAUCACUGGAAAGCAAAUUAGAAGUUCACGGGGAACAAAUGUCAACACAUGCUUUAGACCAGGAACUUUGUCUGCAGUGGUAUAUUCCACUCUUGGAGAGAUCAAGACAAGAUCAAGGGAAACCCACGGUAUUGCUAAUGUAUGCCUAUAACAAGCAGAAUAUUGACGUUAAAGACCCAAGAAAAUGUGAUCCAUCUGUAGUCCUAUGUGGCUAUCUUUGGGUUUCUUUGACACAUGUCCAGUCAUUACAUGAAAAUCUUUGUAAUCUGGUGCAGAAGGCAGAAAUAUCCUUACACAAUGUGAGUGAUACCUCUGUACCAGGCAGUAGUGAAAAGCAAAAACGAUCUGCUCAGAUGGCUACAAAUAACCCUGAUCUGAAACCCGUCAAGAUCACAGAAGAACAGGCAAUGUUUCUGCAGUGUUGUUCUCAAGCUCAAUCCUUGCUAUCUACUGAUCCAGAUCUGCCGCUAAUUACUCAGGCUCCAUUUGACAUCACUUUGCCAUCAUUAAUCAGGCUUGGGAGAGUCUUUGACCUGACUCACGGCUGUAUGCUAAUGAAGGGAAGCCUGCUAGAUUGGACAGUGUCACAGCUCACCUGAACAAUCAAUUUAU